AUGCUCGCGUGGUUCCUUGAAAGCGACGACCCGCUCAAGAAGUUUGGACUGUUGGUGGUCGGAAUCUGUGUUGGUGCUGCAGUCGCCUCGCAAUGUCUACCAAGUAACAACACUGACAAGAAACUGGUAAAGUAUCGACAGAGCAUUACACCAGGAGCACAUGGGCCUGUUCAAGUUCCGUUCUUACCGUCAGCACUCCCGGUCGUUGGACACGCCGUCUAUAUGGCCUAUCAUGCAAACAGGUUCUUGGAUUGGGUCACAGACAUCUUUCUCUCUCGCAAUGGAGCUCCGUUCACUUUGAGUCUGCCGUUUCAACGUGACCUCAUCUUUACUGCUAAUCCACAGCACUACGAACACGUUAUGAAGACACAGUACGACAACUUCGUCAAAGGUGACCACAUCUACGAAUUGCUCGUGGACUUACUAGGCGAUAGCAUCUUGAUUGUUGAAGGUGACGAGUGGAAGUUUCAUCGUCGAGUGUUCGUCAACCUCUUUAGUUCUCGAGCACUGCGUGAGCACAUGGCUCCCAUUAUUCAAAAACAUGUUCGUGUACUACAGCAUGUGCUUACAAAUGCCGCUAAAACCAAUGAAACCAUCGAUAUGUUCGCGUGCUCAGGAAGGUUCACGCUCGAUGCGUUCGGAGAGGUUGCAUUUGGCUUCAACAUGAGCACACUCACGUUAAAGCACGAACACCCAUUCGAGAAAGCUUUCGUAAGCGCACAACACAUUGUCGCAGCUCGACUAUUAGAACCCACUUGGUACUGGAAACUGAAGCGUUGGUUGAACGUAGGAAGCGAAAGACACCUCCGCAAGGCGUUGUCGACUGUCGACCACUUCGUCAUGAAUGUCAUUUCGAAAACGAUGGAGAAGUGCAACACGCCCCACGAUGACAACAGUAAGAUCCGUAAUCAAGACAUCAUCUCCCUUAUACUUGCAAACGAAACGGUGGACGGCAAACCCGUGGAUCCCAUCGUGAUACGCAACAUCGUGCUCAUGGCAUUGAUAGCUGGUCGUGAUACGGCAGCGGAUGGAUUAGCAUGGCUGUUCCAUUUGCUCACACUCAACCCGCGCGUCGAACAAAAGUUGCGUGCUGAACUAAUGAACAAGUUGCCAAAGCUUGGCACAGACUUGGACUACGUCCCGGACAUACACGAAGUACAAGGCUUGGCGUAUUUGGAGGCGACGAUCUGCGAGGCGCUGCGUUUGUUUUCACCUGUGGGCUUGGCACAAAAACUUUGUAUCCGCGACACCGUUUUCCCAGACGGCACGUUUGUUCCAAAAGGGUCAAACAUCGCGCUCACGUACUAUGCGAUGGCCCGUAUGCCGCGUGUUUGGGGUGCCGAUGCUGCAUCGUUCGUACCAGAACGGUUCAUUGAUCCUCGAACGGGCGAUAUGCUCAAAGUGUCGUCGGGCAAGUUCAGUGCAUUUAACACGGGUCCACGUGUGUGCGUUGGACGCAACCUCGCUAUGAUGGAGAUGAAGAUGGUAGUCGCUUGUGUAGUGAGCCGAUUCCAUCUGGACGAAAUACCUGGUCAAAAUGUAACCUGCUCCAUAGGACUUACAAUUGGUAUGAAGAACCCACUCAUGAUGCGCGUGCAAAAGAUCUCUCGAGCUGAUGAGGUUGUUGGAGUGGCUGCUUAA